GAGAGAGAGAGAGCAGGGGAGGGAGAAAGUGCAGCAGAAAACAAUUUCUCCCACACGGUAGGGAGACGGAUCGCUCUCUCUCUCUCUCUUUCCUGCAUUGGAGUGCUGCUGGUUCCUCUGGAUUUUCUAUUUCCUCUCCUCUGGAGGAACGGUGUUUUUCUGCAAAAGCCUGGUGAAUCUGGUGGAUAGUCCACGGCAAGUCCGACACCAUGUGAGCAGCGGUCCUUGUCAACCUUAGAGAGGCAGAAUGCUGUUUCUGCGUGGGGUUCUUCCAGUUGUUGCUCUGGUCUGUCUCUUCAGCACUGUAAAUGGGUUUUUCAGUGUGUUUGGGGUAAAACCGACCGCCCAAACACAAGUGAGUAGAUGGGGGAUAGGCCUACCCGAUAUUGCAAAAUGGAAACCAAACUUUCCAUCAUUUGGUUUGAAAUCAUUUUUAGGUGGGUCUAAACGGUCUUUGCCUGCCACAACAAUAGUAACCCCAACCCUACCAGAGACUACCACGCAAAACUAUACUCUUCCUUCAGAUGAGUCUGCCAGCCCCAAAUAUCAACUAACCACAACCACGGCUGAACCGCAAAGCAGUACUGUUCAGAUAGGCACCACGCUGCCCUUAAAAUCAGCUCAACUUCUGACAAAUGAACUACUCAGGAGCACACAGCCGUUCUAUUCACCUCAAUCAUCUUCAAAGGCUGAUCAAAAUUACGAUCUUGCCCUCUGGCCCUCCAAUAAUGACCAGAGUACAGAGAAGACGCUGCAACCAACGUCACCACAGUUAACUAAACCAGAAACCCAAACGUCUGCUGCUCGGGGUACAAGCACCAAGCAGACAGCCACACCAACAUAUACUACAGAUGCCAGCAAUGUUUAUAGUAGUCCUCAGUCAAUAACAACAAAACCUGAAUUACCAACAACUUCAUUGCAAACCACACCAGCAGUCACAAAGCCAAAACUAUCUACUGAACUUCUGACCACCAUCAGCCCCAAACAAAACACACCACGAACAGAACAAACAACAUCAGAGCCAAACUGGACACAUUUGAAGCCCACUGACAAAGCUUUCAAUGGAUUUACUUUGGCAGAACAAACUAAAGGCUCAAGAGAACAGGAAAUCUUGGGAAACAUUGACCCUGAUUAUUCCUCCGCCCAGCCAACAAGAGCAGGCUUUGCUCGAGAGAAAGGAGAUAAGAGUACAUGGAAAAGUGCUGAUCUGACAACGCAUGAACCAAACGGCGAGCAGACAACAUCUACCACAACGACCCAGAGGAGCACAGAAAUGGCCACCACACCAUCUGAGGAUUGGUUUACAGAUUUUACAGAAGAAUCUGCACUACCAGACUGCAAUGCUGAGCGUUCUGGAAUAUGCAGCUCUGUGGACACUUGGCCCACCCCUGUACCAAGCAAUGGGAGCACACCCUUCAUCUCCUCCAACCAAUCUCAAAACCCCAUCGUGUUACCGGUGCCACCAAUGUUUGUGGCACUGUAUUCCGACUGGAACAGCGCCCUGGCAACAUGGGGUUCAGCAUGGGAAGCACACAUUUACGGACUGGGCACUGUUUUCUGCCUAGUUGCAUUGGCCUCCACCCUAAACCUCCUCUGCCUGCCUCUACAGUACCCAUCAGGCUGUGGCUACUUUGCUCUGGUCAGUCUCUCUCUAGUGGCUGCUGGCUGCACUCGGGCCUUCGCCCUGGUAUACGACGCUUAUGGAUACCAGGACCGCAUGGCAUCUACUGAAGCCUCACUGUUACUUUACGAAGCACCAUUUCCUUGCAUGACUGCGGCAUUUGGCCUGGUGUUCCUACUCCUGUCAAUGCGAUCCCGAAUGCAGCUUUCCUAUUCAGCCUUUCAGAGACCCUGCUUUCUGGCCUGCUUGGUGUUGUUGCACUUUGCAGCUGCAUUUGGCCCUGUUGCAUUCCUCCAUGUUGACCAGAAGGGGGCACUCUGCCUGUUUUUCUCCUUGAUCUCCAGGGGCGCCUUUGUGGCUCUUGCAACUUUCCUAUCAGUUGCAUAUUUUGUGUUCUACUGCUAUGUUCGCGCUGAUUCCAAGCAUAUUUAUCAUCUAAACAACACAUCACCAACUCCAGCUGAACGCUUUAACCGUUGCCCGUUUGCAGAAAGCAGAGAUUGGGACCGGGCAGCAGCUGCAGUGCUGCUAUCUGCAGUCUUCUCUCUGGCUUGUGCAGGACUUCAGCUUUACGCCAUGCUUCACGCUCUCGGCCUGGCUGGAAGUGCCGAGACUUUUCGGCCGUGGCCGUGGUGGACUUUCCAGUUCAGCUGUCGAGCGUGUGAAGCUGUGGUCUGUCUCACACUUGUUAUGGUAGUUGCUCAGCCAGUCUACUGUUCUGACCACCUUCCCCAGCCAGGUGGUUGUUGGACAGAACUGCUUGCGGCGAAGUCACCUAUCAUUCCCGGGAGUUAUCAGUGGACUCUAUCCCAGCAGGAGAAACUGGCCAUUUGUGAUUCAAUUGGGCACGGAGAAACGGAGUGCCUUCCCUUGUACACACUGGUGGAUGAACGUCUAGGGAGCUUGAAUGGCCUUGACCUUUUAUACCACAGUAACCGGGCAUUGGCCUUUCGUGACCUAGACCUAGACGUGCCUAACAAUUUGCCUAACAUCGGUGCCCCCUCUGGAGGUUCAUCCUGUACCAGCGACUCCACUGCAGAUCUGCGCCCACCAUCGCCCAUAAAUCUGCGGAGAAGCAUCGAUGAGGCACUAUUUAGCGAGUCUCUCUUUCCCAUGAGUCUUUUCAGUCCCUUGCGGCCCUUCACUGCCAGUGACCGCUCCCUGGAUGUUAGAGAGACCAACUCCAGUGGAGCCCAAACCCUCCGAGACACUCUUACGCCUGAUCCAGGCCUAUACAGAACAUCUUCCUGUGUGGAGGUCCUACCACUGACCCCCCUUCCCUCCCAAACCAUACAAAAUGGUCCUUCGUUGGGUUUUCCUCCAUCUCCCUCCUUGUCGUCCUCCAUGUCCUGCUCAUCUCCAGAACGCUGGAAAGGCAGCUCCAGUUCCUCAUCCAUCUACAGGCAGUCUCUGGGUGGUUCCUCGCUAGUUUUGUGCUCAAGUCCAGAGGGAUUCAAUCCUCCAUCCUCUACCCUCAGUGGUAGUUCAAACCACACCGCCACCUCUGGCCAUCAGGAAGGUGGCUUACAGAGACCCUACAGAACAUUAAACUCACAGGAAAGUCUGGACCAGCGGUCAGGAUUGGACCAGUCUGUCCAAGAAGAGUUUAUCACUGUGUGCAGACAAAUUGACACUCUUAGCGUAUGCAGUGAGACUAUUGACCUUUAAGGGGAGACUACUACAGCGUGCACAGCGAUGAUGGGCAGACAAGGUGAUCUAAUAAGCAGGUUUGCCGAUGUGCCAAAUCAGAUUUGAAUGUUAGGUAGGCUGUAUGUAAGGAUAUUGGUUGAAUGUCUUAGAGGCAAGUCCCCCCAAAAAAGAUGGAAUCUUGGGACUAUUUUCUCGGAAAGGAUUAAGUGCCAACAACUGCCAGAACUUGUUUUUGUACAAAACGACUUAAUUAUUAUUGGUAAGCAAAUUUGUAAUUGUAAAGCAUUUGUUUUGAAAUUUCUCUACAAUGUUAACUAUGUAAUGUUUGCAGGCAUUUGUACAAAAUCCCUUUGUCUAUAUUUAAUAAUACUGUGAGAGUGCAAACUACUGAUAACCAUUACUGUUCAAUACUAUGAAUUGUUAAAGGAAUAGUCUACUCAUUUUCAAUAUUAAACUAUGUUAUUACCUUAACUAAGAAGAGUUGAUACAUCCCUCUAUCAUCUUAGUGCGUGCACGUAAGCGCUGGGGUGCGCUGCGACACUUCGAUAGCAUUUAGCUUAGCCCCAUUCAUUCAAUUGUACCAAUCAGAGAUAAAGUUAGAAGUGACCAAACACAUCAACGUUUUUCCUAUUUAAGACGAGUAGUUAUACGAGCAAGUUUGGUGGUACAAAAUAAAACGUAGCGCUUUUCUAAGCGGAUUUAAAAGAGGAACUAUAUUGUAUGGCGGAACAGCACUUUUGGGAGUACUUCGACUCGGCGCAGUAACACCCUCCCUCUCCCAUUAUGAGAGGGAGAAGGGGAGCGGAUUUUUCAGGCGAGUUGAAGUACUCCCAAAAGUGUUGUUCCGCCAUACAAUAUAGUUCCUCUUUUAAAUCCGCUUAGAAAAGCACUACGUUUUAUUUUGUACCACCAAACUUGCUCGUAUAACUACUCGUCUUAAAUAGAAAAAACGUUGAUGUGUUUGGUCACUUCUAACUUUAUCUCUGAUUGGUACAAUUGAAUGAAUGGGGCUAAGCUAAAUGCUAUCGAAGUGUCGCAGCGUGCCCCAGCGCUUACGUGCACGCACUAAGAUGAUAGAGGGAUGUAUCAACU